UAUUUAAAAUAAAUCAGACAGAAAACACCAAAAGGAGUCCCUUUUCUCCCCUCGCAUUCUCUUGGCAAGAAAUGACAAUGGCGGCUUCACUGUAUCUAUCUCAAAGCCCUAUCGCCACUGCCACCCGUCGAUCUUCACCCUUCAUUUCCCUUCUCCCUCCUUCUCAAUCCAUCAAAUUCCCCUCUCUCCACUGCCAUACCCUCAAAGAUCUUUCAAUCACCGCCUCCCACGCGUCGCAGCGUGCUGCAACCAUCAUCCCGCGAGCAGCCGCCACACCGUCAUCCGCCGCUUCUUCAACCACCGUAUUUCAUGGCAGCUGCUAUGUCGUCGGAGACAACAUCGACACUGACCAGAUUAUUCCGGCUGAGUAUCUUACUUUGGUCCCCUCAAAUCCUAGCGAGUAUGAGAAGCUCGGAUCCUACGCCCUAAUUGGCCUUCCUUCCUCUUAUUCCACCCGCUUCGUGGAACCUAACGAGAUGAAAACCAAAUAUUCCAUCAUAAUUGCCGGCGACAACUUCGGCUGCGGUUCUUCACGGGAGCACGCGCCGGUUGCGUUGGGAGCGUCCGGUGCGGUGGCUGUGGUUGCUGAGUCGUACGCCCGUAUUUUCUUCCGGAACUCGGUGUCGACCGGAGAGAUUUAUCCAUUGGAAUCGGAAAUAAGGAUCUGCGAUGAAUGUAAGACUGGCGAUGUGUUGACAAUCGAGCUGGCAGAAAGCCGCUUGAUCAACCACACGACGGGAAAAGAAUACAAGCUCAAGCCUAUUGGGGAUGCAGGUCCUGUCAUUGAGGCUGGUGGGAUUUUCGCAUAUGCUAGGAAAUCUGGUAUGAUUCCAAGCCUAACGCCGUCAAGUUGAAUUUAAGUUCUGGGGAUCGUGGGAAGUAAUUGUUGUUUUGCUUGUUAGAGUAAUUUAUUUGCUUGCUAAUGAGCUUGGAAUUCUGUGGAAGUGUCUGUCUUGGCCAAGUGUUUUAAUGAAAUAAUAACGCGGACUGAAUAGAUCCGCCAUAUCUAGGAACCAAAAAUGGUUAUUCUCUGAAUUGAAGCAGCUUUUAUGUCAGCAUUUGAUUACAAAUUCUGGAAAGUUUGAUUUUGAGAUGUUAUAAUUUUCAGUAUUUGCUUCUCUUUCAAAGUUAUAAUUUGAUUCUACAUUGUGGAAAGCUUGUGAA